AGUUAACUCGUUUCACCAGCCCAACACCUGCGCCAUUUGAGCGAUUACGGGACCACAUAGCUGCCGAAAAGUGGUCCUGAGCAGCUCUCCUCGAUAACGACGUGCGACAGCAUCGAAACGAGCGCGCGAAACGCCCAGGCAGCCGCGUAGCACAAUAGCACAAUGGAGGCCGCAGACGCCGCAGCCGAAACGAUGCAAGCGAUCGACGCGGCGGCCGCCGCCGCCGAGGCCAUGGUCGCCCUCGAGCGCCACCCGGACGAUAACUUGAUUGUAUCCGACGACGACGCCCCGGAGUCCCUUAAGGAGUUAAAAACAUUCAAGCCGGCCAAGGGGACCUUGCUGGGCUUGAUGGGCCUGCCCGCCGCGGGCAAGAGUACCUUAUGCGAGAAGCUGAUGGACGUAAAAACGCACGAUAUCAAGAUAGUGCGUUUUGAUGACGACCUGGAGGCGACGGGCGCUUUCGAUGAGUGGGCCCCGGAGAAAUAUCAUGAAGCGCGGGCCAUUUCUUUGAGAAGGGUCGCCGGGCUCCUGGAGACCUCGUCAGCCUCGAUCAUCAUCGCGGACGACAACAACCAUCUGAGGAGCAUGCGCCACGCGCUCUUUAGGCUCGCGCGCGAUAAUGGGUGGGCCUACGCCACUAUUCGAUUAGAUUGCUCUCAAGAAGUCGCGGAGGCGCGCAACGCGACGCGAAGUGGGAGGGAGAAGGUGCCUGCUGAAACAAUAACGCAGAUGGCGCGCGACCUGGAACCGCCCGACCCCCUGCGGAUGGGCUGGGAGCGCUUUGCUGUUACUGUAUCAAGUGAUCAAAUACAGGAGGUGUUGAAUGCGGCCGACCGAGCUCGGCAAGCGGGCCCGCCCAUCCUCCCCGAGGAUCUUGAGGUGUUACAGGAGCGCGCCCGGGAGGCUCGGGAGCGGACGUUGGCCUCGAAGAAGCACGCGCUGGAUCUUGCCUUACGAGCAUGUGUUGGGGAGGUGGCGUCGGCCUGCGCCGAGAAGCUCGCUAAGAGAGAUAGAGCUACGCUGGGCAAAGCCCUCGCCGCCGCGCGCAAGGACGUGCUGACCGUGAGCGAGCAGGCGAAAGCGCUCGACGCGCCUAGAUGUUUGGAACUGUUCGCCGCCUACGCUCUCGGAAGAGUAGCGUUGGGGGAAGGUUCAUUGCCCGAAGGCGACGCGAGGAGCGUCCGGCAAGCUUUAACCGCGGCAGUCUCGAAGCAAAUCUACCGGGGCGACCUGAACCUGCACGAGCCGCCGCCAGUACCCUCAGAAGCCAAUUGCUUCCCGCCGCAACCGUUAGAAUGCGCGCCGCCGCUCAUCUUCGAGAAGGUUCUGGAGGAUUGUGAUCUGGGCAAGGAGGGCUUCGUCGACCGGAUGCGGGGCGCGAUCCUGGAGAUGGAGGCGGGCCUCGCCGACGCGCCGGCACCGGCUGAGGCGGAGGCGCCAGCGCCCGCGCCUGGCGUUCCGCGCAUCGCCGAGGUCGAAGACUAA